UAAUUUCCACAACUAGAUUUAAAAUAACAAAACAAACUAAAAAAAAAAAAUGAAUGCCCUUCCAUAUGUUUUCCUCUUGGUGACUCUCCUAGCUAACCAGUCAUGUGGCACACUUGUGGUGGAUUAUUGUGUAGCAGAUUUCAAUUAUCCAAGCGGACCAACAGGAUUUCCAUGUAAAAACCCAGCUAAACUUACAGCAGAUGACUUUGUUACCUCUAAAAUGGGUAUUGCAGGUAACACAUCAAAUCCGUUCAAUGCAGCAGUCUAUCUAGCAAUUGAUACGACAUUCCCCGCGUUCAAUGGUCUUGGAAUCUCCAUGGGUCGUUUAGACCUUGAUGUAGGUGGAGUUAUUCCGGCUCACACACAUAGAUCGUCUGAAGUUAUACUUGUUAUCGAGGGAACUAUACUUGCUGGUUUUGUUGAUACAAAUGACACCGCAUUUUAUAAAACAUUGAAAAAAGGAGAUAUUAUGAUAUUUCCUCCUACGUUAAUGCACUUUCAAGUUAACGUUGGUAAUACUCCAGCACUUGCUUUUGUUAGCUUGAACAGUGCAAACCCUGGCUUCCAAACUAUUACCUUCUCUUUUACAGCUAAUAAUCUUCCCACUGAAGUGGUUCAAAAGAUUAGUUUGAUCGAUUCUGCACAAAUCAAGAAGUUGAAGAGGAUGUUUGGUGGCACCAACUAAUCCAAUACUUAUUCACUAUUUGAGGGUUAAGUUAAAAUGUAAACUUUAUUCAUAAACAUAUAUAAUUGAUGAUAUAUCAUAUGUCGUAUUCUUCACUUUGUAUUAAUUUGGACUCAUGAUAAUAAAGAUAUUUUUUAUUUUAAUAAUUGUCAAUUUUUAUUUGACAUUGUAUAACUCAAAAAAAUAAAGCUAAUUAAUUAUCCUUAAAUUAUUUGGAUGCAUGGUUUAAAAUGGGUUCGAAAACAUACUAUUGUUUUUUACAUAAUUUAGACUUUUGUGUAUUGAUAAAAUAUGAAUAAAAGAU